GUCUCCUUUAAUUGGUUGCUAUGUUUGCUAUAUAUAUGAAGAGAAAAAGCCAACCAAAACACAAAUUUUCAAAUAAACUUAGAAGAGAAAAAUGGCAGUCAUUGAAACAAACACAAAAAGCUCUCUUCAUCUUCGCAGCAACAGCUUACCCUCCGCACCUCACCCUCUUGUAUCACAAUUUGAGGGUAAUUUGCAAAGAUUGAAGAGUUCUGAAGGCGUCUCUUCAGCAUCAUCAUCCUCGGUAUGCAACAAACUUAAUGGCACGCAGGAUUUGCAUGACUGCAUUGAUAAACUGCUUCAAUUGCCAAUUGAACAACAAACCUUAGCACAAGAGUGCAAUGAAAAAAGUGUCGAUGACCUACUAGAAGGAUCACUUAGGAUCUUGGAUAUCUGUAGUAUAGCUAAGGAUUUUCUUUUGAUAUCAACCGAAAGAAUCCAUGAACUACAAUCAAUAAUCAGAAGGAGAGGCAACGAAACUGGAUUCACAGUUGAGGGUGCAAAAUACAUGGCUUUUAGGAAGAACAUGAAGAAGCAAAUCCGAAAGGCGUUGGUAAAUUUGAAAUCAAUGAAGAAUGAGUUGAUUUCUUCUUCCUCAAACAAUAAAGAAAAUAACUCUUCGCCCAUGCUUCAAUCCUUGAAAGAAGCGGAAGCAGUCACCCUAAGCUCACUAGAACAUUUGUUGCUAUUUAUCUCUGAUCCAAAAGGACACGCAAAGAACGGAAGAUGGUCAGUAAUAUCCAAGUUGAUGCAUUCCAAAAGAGUAGUUUGUGAUUCUCAAGAAUCAGACACAAAUGAAUUUGAGAUGGUGGAUGCAGCUUUACAGUCUCUCAUCAGCAACAAGUUUUCAUGUACUAAAAAUGUUCAAAGUCAACUGGAAAAUUUGGAGAUGUGCAUUCAAGAUCUAGAAAUAGAAGUUGAGCGCAUGUCAAGAAAAUUAAUCAGAAAUAGAGUUUCACUUCUUAACAUAUUCAACCACUAAUCAUAGUGUCAAACUGUCAAUAUCAUUUUUGUGCACUCAAUUUUCCUCCCAUGAGUGUUACAUACUUACAUAUCUGUACAUGAAUGUGAAUAUAUCUUAUUUUUAAUACUGAAUAUUAUUAUCUUAAGGAUCAAUAUUAGUUCAACAUCAAUCUCUUUUGCUCACUUCCCUUCAAAAUCU